AUGUCCCUCCCAUCUCACAAUCACCAACAGACCUACUGUCGCGUCUCUGCGCUCGAAGCAGGGAUUCUGAGCAUCCCUCUCGGCCGUAUCUUGCAAGGUGGCCAAGGAAAUGUUAUCGUCCCUUCUUUAUCCUUCAUUCUCCAGCGCUCCUCCUCCAAGGAGACCGUUAUCUUUGAUCUUGGAAUCUGCGAGGAUUUCCAGCGAUAUCCGGAGUCGGUGACCUCGCGGAUUCAACGCGGUUUUCAACCCAUGUCGGAGUCUCUGAGUAAAGGUUCUGUUCUUCCGAGUUCCGUUGACUAUGUGAUCCUAAGCCACCUACAUUGGGAUCAUAUCGGAGAUCCCGCACCGUUUUCCAAUGCCACAUUCAUUGUUGGGGCGGAGAGCGCUUCCAUGAACGACCUUGGCUUUCCGACUUCGCAGCCGCUAGCAGCAUCUGAGAUGCUCCCAAAACACAGAACCAGACUCGAGCGGGCGGAUACAUGGACACCAUUGGGCCCUUUUCCUCGCGCAUUCGACAUUUUUGGGGAUGGAAGCAUCUACAUCGUCGACGCCGCAGGACACUGUCCUGGUCACAUAAACUUGCUGGCACGGACGUCCGCAGAUGGAGGUUGGAUCUUCCUCGCCGGGGACAGCGCGCACGACAGACGCCUCAUUACGGGAGACGGUGAGAUGGCGACGAAAGUCGGCGUAGAGUGCGCCGCACCGAUCGCCCAUCUGCAUCGUGACAAAAGCCUAGCAGAAGCGCAUAUCGGUCGUAUUGCGCGUCUCAUGGGAGAGCCACGUGUCAGGGUCCUUCUAGCUCACGACAGGGAGUGGUUCGAGGCUAACGUAGGCGGUCCAUCGUUCUGGCCUGGGAUUAUCCCUACACUCUAG